AAGUAAUAAAUUAUUGCUUGAGUAAAAUUCCAUUCCAUUCUUUUUAAAACAAUUAAACCAGAAAGAGUACAUUAGAUGAUGAACAACACUUCAAAGUAAAUAUAAAUCCCCAAAUAUUAUUGCACAAAACUAGUAAUAUCUUCCGUUCAGUUCUAAAAAGAGAAUAUCUUAUACAAAGUGAUGGACCUAUUUUGGAGAUUAAGGGUAAGGUGGAAAAGUCUGUGAUACUGUUUUAUUCCCUAUUUGCAAAGACCAAUACCAUUAUAGCUGACAUUGUUUUAUAAAGUCUCACUCUCAUGCCUUCAAGCAAUGCAUAUACUGUAAAGCAGCAAAGCAGCCAUUUUGUAUCUGUGUUUCAGUAACAGCAAUUCCUUCAUGGCUUGUAUGUCUUAUUAACAAAAAUUAAACAAUCAUAGCAUGGCAAUAGCUUCAAACAUCUUCUCUUUCUUUCAGGAAAGACCUAUUUCUGUCUGUAAUGAUAAUUGUAAUCCGGGUUCUAGUAGGGCCAAAAUAGAAGGAAAGCCAUAUUGUUGCUACAAAUGCAUUCCAUGUCCAGAAGGAAGGAUUACAAAUCAUGAAGACAUGGAUGAUUGUUUACCAUGCCCAGAAGGACAGUAUCCAAAUAACAAGCAUGACUUGUGCCUUCCAAAACAUAUCACUUUCCUGUCUUAUGAAGACCCAUUAGGGACCAGUUUGGCCACUACUGCAAUUGUCUUUGCCUGUAUUGCCACUGUGGUGCUUGGGAUCUUCAUCAAAUACCAGGACACUCCCAUAGUCAAGGCCAACAACCGGAACAUCACCUACCUUCUUCUUGUCUCCCUUGUGCUCUCAUUCCUUUGCAGUUUAUUAUUCAUUGGGCAACCUGAAAAGGUCACCUGCCUUUUCCAACAACCUGCUUUUGGGAUUGUCUUCUCAGUAGCCAUUUCUUGUAUAUUGGCCAAAACCAUCAUCGUGGUGAUCGUUUUCAUGGCUUCAAUGCCAGGAUCCAAGAUGAAGAGAUGGCUGGGCAAACGAUUAGAUAAUUACAUUGUUGUUUCUUGUUCCCUCAUUCAAGUCCUUGCCUGUACUGUAUGGCUUAUAACCUCACCCCCAUAUCCAGAUGCUGAUAUGAAUUUAGUGGCAGAUGAAAUCAUCCUGGGAUGUAAUGAAGGCUCUACUCUCAUGCUUUAUUGUGUGUUACUCUACCUUCUUUUCCUUGCUGUUGUUGGUUUCAGUGUGGCUUUUCUAUCCCGGAAUUUACCAAACAGUUUUAAUGAGACCAAAUUUAUCUUCUUCAGCCUGUUGUGUUUUUGUAGUGUGUGGCUGUCAUUCUUUCCAACAUAUCUUAGCACCAAGGGAAAAUACAUGGUGGCUGUGGAGAUCUUUUCCAUAUUAUCUUCCAGUGCAGGGUUAUUGGGCUGCAUCUGUUUUCCCAAAUGUUUUAUUAUUCUUCUGAGACCUCAACUGAACAAUAAGAGGGAGUUACUGAAAAGCAAGAAACAAUGA